AAGUUGUUGUUUAUAGUGGUUGGUUUGGUUAUUGAAUGGUGAUCCAUUGUGAUUAAUGACUACUGAGCUGGCUAAUCUAAAUGACACUGUUUAUUUCUGUUACCUUCAGUACAGCUGCAGCCUGUCUCCAUCUUCAAUUGAUAGAGUAUUCAGCAUGCUAUUUCCAUGCUGUGUCUCCUUUCAGCAUCCCUCAAUCCUCCUACUGCUGUACUUGCCUUUUAUUCUGUCUGUAUAGAACGUCCCUUGCUGCGGCUGCUCUGGGAUAACCUAAUUUCUUUAUAAAGCCCUUGCACUGCUGUACAUAAACACCACUAACAAACUUAAAUAGAAGAGUCACACAAUGAAACAGUGAGGCGCAAACCCCCCUUUUUUCUCUCCAUUUUUUUUUCUCUCCUCUCGUGAAAUUUGAGUCUCCUCCCACCUACUUUUUCCCAUUAGAAAGGGUGAUUCAGAGAAUAUGUGUAUGUAUUGGUGUCUACGUGUGGUUGUGUAUACUCUCAUGCCCUCUCAAGCUGCUUUCCACCGACUGAUCAGCCUGGGAUUGUUCAUGUGACUUUAUGCAUGAAAAGUUUGCAGUCAGGUGGUCCUGUGACCCGGCCUGAGAAGCUGUACUCUCAUGUAGCGAGAGACCUCUCCUCGACGUCAUGCAGUCCUUCCGAGAGCAAAGCAGUUAUCAUGGUAGCCAGCAGGCGUAUCCUCCGGAAGCUCACGGUCCCUCCAGGCUGGAAGAGUAUAGCCCAAGACAGCAGGGUCAGAUAUUCCAGGAAAACUAUGGAGGACGUCGAGGAGGGUCAGGCACUCCUGCUACGAAUCCAGCUGGAGAAUCUUCAAGUAUUCAGAGCUACCAGUCUUACAGAAAAGAAUCUGGGGAUUUUUAUUAUUUGGGUAACAAAGAAGGAGGGACACCUGCAAGCCAGACACCACAGCGGCGGCCAUCUGGGCCUGUGCAAAGCUAUGGUCCUCCUCAAGGAAACAGCAGCAGUGGUACAAAUUUUGGCACACCCUAUGGAAGAGAGGGGCAUCACAACCAGUUUGCUAACCAGCAUUCAGCAGCAGGCAAUCUCUCCCAAUACUCACAGGACUUUCCCAGUUCCUUUUCUCCUGGUGGUAGUCAGUACCCAUCUCAUGUCACUAACCAGCAGUUGAGGCAGCAGCUUUAUCAAUCUCAACAAUCCCUGUCUCAGUCUGGGAACCCACCAACAUCUGCAGCUACCCCACAUCUACAGCAGAUGCAGCGUUCAACUGCUCUUAGCUCCCCUGCUGGAUACCAUUUACGAAUGGGGCAAUAUGGACAACACUACCAGCCACCUCCUGGCUCUUCCUCUAACUCUUUUCCUUCUUCUCAGAGAUUUGGACAGACUGGUCCAAACUAUGAGGGUUACAGUCCAGGAGGGUCUAGCUCUACAUAUGAGAGUCAUAUGUCUGGGUCAUCAUAUGCAGCACAGCAAGGAUAUAGUAGUUAUGCCAGCCAGCACAUGAAAAGCUUUGAGACCUCUAAAUUGCCACAGAAUGUAGGGCAGGGACAGUCACAGCAACAGACUUCUCAUGUCAUGCAGUAUUCCAAUUCUUCUAAAAUAUCCCUUCAAAGCCAGACAGGACAAUACAAUCAGGCUGAAGUCCCAGUACGCUCUCCUAUGCAGUUCCAACAGAAUUUCAGUCCAAUUUCAAAUCCCUCUCCUGCUGCCUCGGUUGUGCAGUCUCCAAGCUGUAGCUCCACUCCCUCACCUCUGAUGACAAGUGGAGAAAACCUCUCAUGUGGUCAGGGUAAUGUGCCUCUGUCAUCCAGAAAUCGUAUUCUACAGAUGAUGCCACAGCUAAGCCCUACACCUCAUGGUGGAGGCUAUAAAGGAUUUGGUGUUGAAGGACCACCUGAAAAACGACUGACUGACCCAGGUCUAAGUAGCCUUAGUGCUUUGAGCAGCCAGGUUGCCAACCUGCCCAACACCGUUCAACACAUGCUGCUCUCAGAUGCCCUGGCACCUAACAAGAAGAGUGGGAAGCGGACAUCUAGAAAGACUGACAGCUGUGCCAACUCAGAAACCUCUUCCCAAGCUGAAGACCAACUUAAAUCUCCAAUGGCAGAGUCACUAGAUGGCAGCUGUUCUAGCAGUUUAGGAGAUCCAGGUGAAAGGGUAAGGCAACUCAGUGGGCAAAGCACAAGCUCUGAAGCUGGUUACAAGGGACCUUCUUCUGAAAAACCAGCGUCCCCUGCACAGGGGUGGUCAACUGAGCUUUCAGAAAAAACACAAGUGCAAGAAGUAGAAACCAUUCCAGAAGCCACUGAAACCUUUCAAGAAGUGUCCAAAGUGAGUGAGAAAUCGGUGGGUGUCAUAGUAGCAAUGGAGACUGUAGCCACCAGGUUGGAUAAAGUUACAGAAGAAUCUUCAACACCAGAUAAUGAUGAAGUUGAAACAACAUCACAGCCAGAGGUGCCUGAAACUGUUAAAGAUGAUGAUAAUGUCAAGGAAUGCACCCCCAGCCAGAAUGGAGAACCUAGCGAUUCUGAUUCUCAGCCUGUAUCUAUCACAGCAAGUAUUGCUUCUAGAACUGAAGCUAAAUCUCCUGUGGGGUCUGGGUUUGGAUUUAAAGAUGGAGGAACAAGCUCCAGAAAUGCCAGCAACUUGCCUCUGCGUAUUAAAACUCCUGAAACAGGGGUGUGUGGGGGACAGGUUGAUAGGAAACCAGGAACAGGAAGAAAUGAUAAGUAUCCUAGCCUCCUUCAGGAAGUCCUGCAAGGACAUCAUCAGCAAGAACGAAGGUAUGCAAGAAACACACAAGACCCUCUACCAGUUACUGGAAGUGCUGAUGUCAGUUUGAGACCAAACAUACUCAUGAGUCAGGCAAGUGAGUUACCCAACCGUAACAUUCUUGGCAAAACAGUGACUCCGCAUUUAGAAACACCUAAUUGGGGUCCAUGGGAUAGAAAGUUGGCUCCUGAUGUCAAACCAUUGAAUGUAACUGAUUAUCCUGCAAGGAAAUUUGAGGUGGACCCUCCGGCCUCCUCUCAGGAAUCUAGUGGUGUCCCCUCAGAAAGACGGUCUGUAAUAUGUGACAUCUCUCCUCUGAGGCAGCUUGUGCGAGACCCUACUACUUCUCAUCAUGUUGGCCCUGGACAAGAAAGAUCAUCCGAUGCAAGAUCAGGGCAGUCUGUAAUCUUGCCUAGUGGGAUGAUCUCUUUAGAUGCAAAAUCAAGCAGCCAAGGGGGGACACCUAAAGAACAAGACACUGAAGCAGCAAAGAUGCAUAGAAAAAGAACUGUAGAUCAUUGCAUGCCAUACAGCACCAAAGAAUCUGCCAGGUGUAAUGCCAGCCCAAGAUCUAUGACCUUUGAUCCAACCCAGGAAUACAGUCCACAUAAUAGCAGAGGACCUCAUCCCAGAAGGGGAACUGCCAGAGUGGGAGCCCGUGGUAGAUCACCUGUACAGGAUCUUGGUGACAAACUGAAGAUGUCUCCAGGAAGAAGCAGAGGGCCAGCAGAAACUCAUCACAUGAAUCCAGCAAUGAGCCUCUCAGAAAGAGCAAGCAGAGAAGCGUUCUACUCUGCUUUUUUUCAGAAUGCUGAUAAUGCUUCUUUGAGUUAUCAUCCAAACUCUAGAUCAAGCUCUUAUGGAGAACCUCACCCAACGUUUACAUCUCCUCUUCAUUAUAAGAGACCAGUGUACCAGCAGGAGGAAUUUAAAGAAUGGCUGGGAAGCUCUGCUCAAGCUAUACUUUCUGCAUCACAGCAUCGUCAAGAAAUGCAGCGUAAAAGCCCAAGGCAGGAGCAGUUUUAUGUCCGUAGUCCAGGAAGGAGUGAAAAUGAGGUAAUGGCUUAUAACCAACCAGGCGCAUAUCAUGAGUCUGGUACUCUAGAAUAUGGUCGCCAGCUGCGUGUUGGUGAGGGAGGACCCACCAAUUUGACCGCUCUAGAGCUUAAAAGAAGUGCUCAAAAAACACCACCAAUGGAAUCUACUAACUGGAACAUGGGCCGUCAGGCUUCUCCUGCCAAAAAACGUGGGUCUCCUGUAGGGACAAACCAAAAACCUUUUAGUCCUGCUAGAGAAACUGAUACUCUUGCUCAUAGACCAGGAGAAGGAGCCGAGAUCUCUAAGCCUGGUUGCAAUGUCCAUAGACCUCAAGGCGCAGAGGAUCAAUCACAUCACAACCCACUUAUUAUGAGGAGAAGGGUACGUUCUUUUAUCUCUCCAAUUCCCAGCAAAAGGCAGACUGGUGAUGACAAAGGGCGCCUGCCUAUUUCUACUGUAAAAGAAACUUCAGACAGGGCAUCUAUGUCACCGGUAUUAACAUCUAGAAGCAAAGAUGAGUGCCCCAAAGGUGGCCCUGAACAGACAAGUCCAUCAGCCGUAUAUCUUUCUAGUCCAACCAAGAUAAAAAUCCUUCCUCCACGCAAAGGGAGGGGUCUAAAACUAGAAGCUAUUGUACAAAAAAUCACUUCACCUAAUGUUUGGCGGAUUUCAGCACCAAGUAGUGCAGAAAGUGCAGCUGAAGCUGUAACACUAGAUGAUAUCCUCUCUCUAAAGAUCAAGGGCCCAGAAUGUGGGAAUGGAUCCAUGCAAGAAGCAGAAUUACCUGUAGUUAUUGAGCCAGAAAUGUCCUGCAGUGAAGAGAAAACUGCUAAAAGUCUGUCUCCCAAGUCACUUGAUGUCUGGGCCCAUGAUGAAAAGAAAAUCAAAACUGAAGUAGAGGAGCAUUCUAUGGAAACCAAAGACUUAUCAGUGUCUGGGCUUCCAGCACAAGCAUCUAACCAUUAUAUGGAAGGAAAAGGUACAUCUACAGCCUUGGAACCAAAAUGUGUUUUACCCCAGGUGCAGCAGCAUGAAAAUGUAGAAAAGGAAAAACUUGCAAGUACACCUUGUAAUGUUACCCCAAAACAAGAAUUUAUACCUCCAAAAGGUUACUUCCCUUCUGGAAAGAAGAAAGGACGUCCUAUUGGUAGUGUCAACAAGCAAAAGAAACAGCAGCAACAACAGCAGUUGUUGCAAGACCAUCAGCAGCCACCAUCCACUCCCCCACCAGCCCCAGUGUCUGAUCUCCAGCCACAGCAUUUGGAAGAGCAGAGCCCUGAGGCAGAGCCUAAACCUAAAAGGAGGAGGACAGAAAGAAGGAAACCUACUGGAGCGCCAAGAAGAAGGGGAAAGCAAGCCGUUCCAAUAGUUGCCCCAGUAGAGCCUGAAAUCAAACUUAAGUACGCCAUCCAAAACUUAGACAAGACUGAGACCAAAACUAAAUCUUUUAUUCCUUACAUACAUGUGGAAAAUAAAGAGGAGCUAGGCUUAUCUUGUGUCAUCAUCAAUGCUGAAGAGGAAGAGCAGCGUUGGAAAAAAUUAACAUCAGUUCGCAAAGGUCAGCGAUCUGCUUCCCCACAACCUAGCACAGACAGUAAAGCACUUCCCUCAUCUAGCUUCAUGGUACAAGGGCCAGCUGUCACAGAGUCUGCAACCAUGGGUCACCUUGUUUGUUGUCUUUGUGGUAAGUGGGCUAAUUACAGGAAUUUGGGAGAUUUGUUUGGCCCAUUUUACACCCAAGAAUAUGCGUCCACUCUUUCUAAAAAUCCCCCUCCCAAAAAAUCAUCAGAGACUCCUCGAAAAGUUAAAGUUCGUCACAAAGACACCUCUGAUGGUUCUAAGACUGACUCUGAUGAAGAGGAGGAAGAGGAACCAGAGCAAGUGCGAGAACAACGUAGCCUAACUACUCACCCUCGCUACAAACGUCGGAACCGUUCAGGAGAGUGUACCUCCUCCAGACUUACUGUACCUUCCUGCAGGAAGACCACUGACCCUUCUGAACUAACUCCCAUGGACUCUAGUGGGCCAUCCACAUCUGAGGCAGGCCCUGAGCAAGGAGUUCAGAUCCCCCAACUACCUCUUGACAGCAAUGAAUUUUGGAUGCAUGAGGGGUGUGUCUUAUGGGCCAAUGGUGUGUACUUUGUCUGUGCCAGAUUAUAUGGUCUUCGGGAGGCUGUUGACAUUGCACGAGACAUGAAAUGUACUCACUGCCAGGAAACUGGAGCCACAUUGGGCUGCUACAACAAGGGUUGUGCCUGCUGCUAUCACUUGCCAUGUGCCAUGGACUCAGAAUGUUUACUAAGUGAGGAGAACUUCUCUGUACGCUGCCCCAAGCACAAGACCAAGACAGUAAAGGGUGUUUCAUCAGAACAGCCUGAACAGGGCUGAGGGGGGAACUAUGUCCUAGAUUUGGAAAUAAUAUUCAAGCACAGGUAAAGCUAUUUAGAUAAAGUGGAAUCAUCACACAGGAGUGAAACAAAACUCUCUUCUCCCUUCAUUGGGUGGACAUCGCCUUCUCUUGGGAUUCUUCCUACUUGGCUGCAAGCAUUUCCUACAUGGACUCAUGACAUCACCUCAGAAUUGUGACAUCAGGAAGUGACCUCACAGUUUAAAAGUCUACAUCCUGAAAUGAGGGUGGGGUUGUUUAACAAAAGGGGGGGGGGGUAUUCAAAAAGAUAAAUAUAUAUAAAUAUAUUUUUAGUCUGAAAAGACUUUGAAAGGGAAGUCACAAAAUCUUUUUAUGGUUGAGCUGAAAUUUCAUUUUAAUAACCCCAAAUAUGUAAAAGAAAAAAACAGGACUUUUGGAACUGGCUUUUAAAAAACAUAAUUUGUCCAACCUUUUCUCAGUAUACUGUGGUGCAGUGUUCUCUCUCCAUGUAUGCUGCACUCAGUACUCAUACUCAUGAAAGUAUGUUCAUGAGAAACCUAUAGAAGUUAUGGCAGACUGUACAAAGUCGGAGGAAAACCUGCUUGACUAUAUAGUUAACGGCAUCAGUCUUACAUAGUGAUGAAAUAGUCUGGUCAGAAGCCCAUAUGCAGAUCUAUCAAGUACAAUAAACACAGGAAUUUUUUGUUUAUUUCA